AUGGCUCCUCAACUCCAAUACAAGCUCUCGAGCCCCCCGUCCGACGCCAUCUCCUCCCUCAAAUUCGCGCCCAGUGCCCCUACACGAUUGCUGGUCUCUUCAUGGGAUAAGAAAGUCUACUUGUAUGAUGCAAAAGACCGAGAAGCAGGCGGAAAGCUGAUCGAGAAGUACGAGCACCGAGCCCCCGUACUCGAUGUGUGCUUCGGCGCCGACGAUGAUGAAGCCUUCAGUGCAGGGAUGGAUUGGCAGGUCAAGAAGAUAAAUCUUGAGACUGGCGAACAGACUGUGCUCAGUGCACAUGGUGCACCGGUCAGAUCUGUUGUAUACAGCAAGGAGCAUUUGUCCUGCAUGCCCAAUGACGAUGGCUAUGCGACCAGCAGUAUCGAGGGCAGAGUGGCCGUGGAGUGGUUCGACCCUUCAGCUGAAUCCCAAAACAGGAAAUACGCCUUCAAGUGCCACCGCCAGCCCGACCCCGAGGGAGACGGAACGGACAUUGUGUACCCAGUCAACGCGCUGGCUUUCCAUCCGGUCCAUGGCUCAUUUGCGUCAGGCGGUGGAGACGGCGUGGUCGCAUUGUGGGAUGCUGUGGCGAAGAGGAGAAUCAGACAGUAUCAGAAGUACCAGGCGAGCGUUGCUGCUCUGGCUUUCUCCAGCGAUGGUAAGUACUUGGCUGUCGGGGUGUGCCCUGGAUUUGAGAAUGGGCAGGAGGAUUACACGGGUGAAGGAAAGACUGAUGUCUAUAUCCGGGAACUGGGCGAGACUGAAGCGAAAGGAAAGGCGCCUAAGUGA